AUGCAGAUCUCUCUGUGCCGGUUGCGUGGCCACCAGUGGUGCUUCCUGCUCUUCAACGUGCUCCUGUUCCACGCCCUCCUGUUCGGGGCCGACCUGGUGGAGGAGUACCUGCUGCAGCCCACCCCCGGGGUGUACACCGACGCCCUGGUCCUCGAUGUGAGGGAGAGGGCCCGGAAGCUGGACAUGGAUCCCGCCCGGGACAACGUCUCCCAGGCCUACCCCAUCCCCAACCCCCGCGCCUGCCUCAACGCUGACCUCUUCCUCCUGGCGCUGGUCUUAAGCUCGCCGGCCAACAGCAGCCAGCGGGACGCAGUGCGCCGCUCCUGGGCCAAUCAGACCCGGGUCCAAGGCUUCCCCCUGCGGACUCUCUUCUUCGUGGGCUCCACCCAGACGGCGGCGGCGCAGGAGGCCGUGGUGAGGGAGUCGGAGCGGCACGGCGACCUGGUGCAGGGUAACGCGGUGGCUGACUCCUCUCCUCACGGGCCCAAGGAGGAGACGGUGCUGGUCCUGCGCUGGGUGGUCGCCUUCUGCCCCGGGGCCCGCUUCGUGCUGCUCACCAGGGAUUCUGUGUUUGUCAACCUGCCGGCCCUUGGGGGCUACCUGCUGGGGCUGCACCGGCACCCCGAGGACCUGUACCUGGGCCGGGUGAUCCAGAUGGAGUCCCCCAACCGGGACCCGGCGCGGCCCGGCUACCUUCCCGCCUCCCUGUACCCGGACAGGUACCUGCCCGACUACUGCGCCGGGGCGGCGUACGUCCUGUCCCAGGACGUGGUGCGCAAGGCCUACGUGGCGUCCGAGACGAUCCGCGCGCCGGUGCCCGCGGACGUGUACGUGGGUCUGUGCGCCCGGAAGGCCGGCGUGGUUCCCUCACACAGCGCCCGGUUCUCCGGGGACAAGCAUAUCCGCUACAACCAGUGCUGCUACCGCUACCAGUUCAGCUCGGCGGGGAUGGACAGUGAGGAGCUGGCGGCGGUGUGGGCCGACCUGGGGCCCGCCGACGCGGGCUGCAGCCUCAUGAAGACCUACUACGGCCUCGUGGCGUGCAAGGUGCUCACCUACCUGGACAAGCUGUCCUUCUUCAGCUCCCAGGGAAACACUGACCCGGGGCCCGCCGCUGGGCAAUAG